ACACGGAGAGGGGAAAUGGCUAAGGUUUACCCUCUCUGCUCUUCUUCUUCUUCCUUCCAUUAUCGCAAACCCACCAUCACCACUUCUCAUUCCAAAACCCUUCUCUGCGCCUCACGCUUCUUCUUCCAAGCUAGCAAUGCUCUACAAGACGAAAAACUCGACGAGCCUCAUGCAAAGUCUUCAUCUUCCUCCAAAACUUCCAUCUGGGUCAACCCCAAAAGCCCCAGAGCCAAACAACUUCUCAACAAUUCCCAUGAAGCUAGGUCUUCUCUUGCCAAACUCGCCAACUCUUUGGACUCGUGCAGUCCCACUGAGGUACACGUUUCUGAAAUUUUGAAGCCUUUAGGGGACAAUGUUUCAGAGCGUGAUGCUGUGUUUAUUCUCGAUUCCAUGGUGAAUCCCCACACUGCACUCGUUGCUGUUAAGUACUUGCAGCGAAAGGUUCUACCCGCUGAACAUGUUGUUCUUUACAACGUUACCCUCAAGCUGUUUAGGGAGAUUAAGGAUUUUGAAGGAGUAGAGAAGCUGUUUAAUGAAAUGCUUCAGAGAGGGGUUAAGCCUAAUCUCAUUACAUUUUCAACUAUAAUUAGCUGUGCUUCCAUGUGUUCUUUGCCACAUAAGGCUGUGGAGUGGUUUGAGAAAAUGCCCUCCUUUGGGGUUGAACAGGAUGGCAAUGUAUCCUCGUAUAUGAUACCUAUUUAUGCACGUACUGGUAAUGCUGAUGUGGCUUUGAAUCUGUAUGAUCGUGCAAAAGCUGAGAAAUGGCGCCUUCAUACAGUGGCAUUCUCUGCAUUGAUUAAGAUGUAUGGGAUGUUGGAGAAUUUUGAUGGAUGCUUGAAUGUUUACAAUGAUAUGAAGGUUCUUGGUGUGAAGCCUAACAUGGUAACUUAUAAAACUCUGUUGUAUGCCAUGGGGAGAGCUAAGAGGGCCUUGGAGGCCAAGGCUAUAUAUGAGGAGAUGAUAACUAGUGGAUUUUCACCAAAUUGGCCUACAUAUGCAGCUCUUUUACAAGCCUAUUGUAAAGCACGUUUUCAUGAAGAUGCUCUGAGAGUUUACAAGGAAAUGAAGGAAAAGGGAAUGGACGUAGAUGUAGUUCUUUAUAACUUGCUUUUUGACAUGUGUGCGGAUGUUGGCUGUGUGGAUGAUGCUGUUGAGAUUUUUGAAGACAUGAAAAGUUCUGGGACUUGCCCGCCAGACAGUUUUACGUAUUCAUGCUUGAUCAACAUGUACAGUUCUCAUGUCAGACUCACUGAGUCUUUGGACUCGAGUAAUUCGUGGGAGAAACGGGUCUCCACAAUUUUGAUGGGUCUUGGGGAUGAGGUUUCACAACAAGAUGCUAUAUUUAUUCUCAACAGGAUGGUGAAUCGCAAUGCUGCAUCCUUUGUUCUUAGAUACUUCCUGAACAAGAUUGAUCCCACUAGAGACAAAGAGGUGGCUCUAUACAAUGUGACCCUGAAGGUGUUUAGGAAGUAUAAGGAUUUUGAAGGAGCAGAGAAGUUAUUUGGUGAAAUGCUUCAACGAGGGGUCAAACCUGAUAAUAUUACAUUUUCAACUAUGAUCAACUGUGCUUGUAUCUCUGGUUUGCCUGAUAAGGCUGUUGAGUGGUAUGAAAAGAUGCCUGGCUUUGGGUGUGAACCAGAUGGAAACUACGAUCAAUGCUUGAAUAUCUACCAAGAAAUGAACGUUCUUGGUGUGAAGCCCAAUGUGGUGACAUAUAACAAUCUGUUGGGUGCCAUUUUGAGAGCUAAGAAACACCGACAGGCCAAGACUAUAUACAAUGAGAUGAAAAAUAAUGGAGUUUCACCAGAUUUUAUAACCUAUGCAUCUCUUUUGGAAGUCUAUGUUAGAGCAGAUUGUAGUGAAGAUGCCCUCCAUGUUUAUAAAGAAAUGAAGGGGAACGGAGUGGAUAUGACUGCAGAUCUUUAUAACAAGCUUUUAGCUAUGUGUGCUGAUGUUGGCUGCAUAGAUGAAGCUGUUGAAAUUUUUGAAGACAUGAAAAGCUCAGGGACAUGCCGGCCUGACAGUUGGACAUUUUCAACCUUGAUUACGAUAUAUUCCCGCAGUGGAAAAGUUUCAGAGGCGGAAGGAAUGUUGAAUGAAAUGAUCCAAUCUGGAUUGCAGCCUACUAUUUUUGUUCUGACAUCGCUUGUCAAUUGCUAUGGAAAAGCAAAGCGAAUUGAUGAUGUUGUGAAGAUAUUUAAUCAACUCCUGGGUUUGGGCAUUGUUCCAAAUGACCACUUCUGUUGUUGUCUUCUGAAUGUUAUGGCUCAAACGCCAAAAGAAGAGCUUGGUAAGCUAAAAGAUUGCGUUGAGAAGGCUAAUUCAAAACUUGGGUCCGUGAUAAGAUAUUUGGUGAGAGAGCAGGAGGGUGAAGGAGAUUUUAGAAAGGAAGCAUCAGAACUUUUAAAUUCUAUUGAUGCUGAAGUAAAAAAGCCUUUAUGCAAUUGUCUAAUUGAUCUUUGUGUCAACCUGAAAGUGCUGGACAAAGCUCGUGACCUUCUGGAUCAAGGACUGAUGCUUGAGAUAUAUACAAAUAUACAAUCCAGAUCACAAACUCAGUGGUCUUUGCAUCUGAAGGAACUGUCAGUAGGAGCUGCUGUGACUGCAUUAGAUGUUUGGAUAAAUGACUUGUCUAAGGCAUUGGAGUCUGGGGAGGACCUUCCUCCAAUACUUGGAAUUAACACUGGGCAAGGAAAACACAAGUAUUCAGACAAAGGUUUAGCUAGUGUACUUGAAUCACAUUUGAAGGAACUUAAUGCUCCAUUCCCCGAGGCUCCAGAUAAGGCUGGCUGGUUUUUGGUUGCAAAAGAAGUAGCUAAAUCGUGGCUGGAAUCUAGGGGUUCAAGUGAAUCCAUUGCUGAUUUGAAGUCUUUGACUUUGGAUGUUUCAAAUUCGGCUCUUCAAUAUCAAUAGUGCUGUUCUUCAGUAUCAAUAGUAUUGUUUAUGUACCAUGUUAAUUUUAUGCAUUUUUCUAUUGCUUUUGUGGAAAUUUUGUAUUCAUAGAUUAUGUAUAUGAAGAUAACAAUGCUGGAAACUUUUCCCAUAUCCAUACCUUGUGCCACGUUAAUAAGUUUGACAAAGUGGAUGUAUU